CUCUAUUGCAAGAAGAAAGAAGAAGAAGAAGAAGAAGAAGAAGAAGAAGAAAAAGAAGAAACCAUUCUUCAGGCCGCCGCCACAACCAACGAAAUGGCUACUGACACUCUCCAAAGCAACAACGAGAAUGAGAAACGUAGCACCACCUCAUGCUGCAACAAGACAGGCCGCCGUCGUCGCAACUGGCCAUUUCUCUGGCUGACCGCCAUCCGUACCUGUCAACUGGCCUACUUUGCACAUCUCCACGCCGUAGUCUUCUUGUUCGACCAGACUGGCUAUUACAAUGGCAUGUGGGCAUGGUACGCCUCCCCAGGUGACGAUGAGCGAUCAAAAGCCGGCAUGCGCUGGGCGCGGGCAUUGUCUCUCCUAAACCUAAUCUACAUCCUCAUAACCUUUAUCUUCUCCCUCAUGUUCCGCAACCUCGACCCCAAAAAGUGGCGCCUCUUCGGCAUCCACACCUUCUUCGGUGAUCUACUCAUGGCAUGGUCCCUCCUUCACAUCCUCCGAGUCUUGCAUGCUUCUUACACCAACUACUGCUACGAUGUCCCCCGCAAGUUUGACUACGAAAACCAAGGCAUCCUCACCUACCUUGGCAAAGGCCAAUUCAACAAAGAACGCUACCUAACCUGCGCCCUCCUCGACUCAAUCUUCACCCUCGGCGCCAUCCCCGCCUUGUCUCACAUCGCCUCCAUCAUCGCCACCACUUGCAACAUCCGCCGCGCCACCAACCAGCAACAGGUCGAGGUCUACCCCAAGGAGGAGGGUGCGGUCGACAUCGAGCAGGGCACGAUGAUCAUCCCGCCAGCUGCCGAGCCAUCCCGUUCCCAGUCUCCUGUCUCCUCAUCAUCCAGGGGUCCAUCACCACCGCCGUCGUACCGUUCCCGAUCCAGCUCCGGAGCAACAGAAGCCGGCCGUCCCCCAAGCUACAGGUCAGCGCCGUCGGUCAGAGCCCGAGCGUCAAUGGAGACCGUGUCGUCUGUUGAUCCUGAUUCCUAUCUUGUAUCUGAUGGGUGGAGGGCGCCGGAGUACCCACCAGUAUAUUCCAGCAGACCGCCAAGUUUGCGGGAUGGACAGGUUUAG